GCAACGAACCAGCUUUCCAAGAACUCCUUCUCCAACAGCAUCCAUCGAUCACAUGGACGCUGACCCAAUACCUGAUAUCAACAACAUGCCUGCCAGUGACGAUCAGGAGAUGUCUGAGCAGCAAGAAAAUGGCGAUCUUAUCCAGCAAGGCAUGUCACAAGAAGAGCGAGAGGCUUAUGACCUGGAAACCCAAGGCUACUGCAUCACCAGCUGGAAACAAGUCUGCCGCGCCGGAGAAGUAGCAAAAGCACGACGUGAGCGAGCAGAGAGACAGCAACAGCAAAAAACCGAUAUACUCGCAUACCACAAUCGCCACAAAGAACGCAACAAAGAUCGCCGCGAGAAUCAGCAGGAGAUCGAGCGCAUCACUCAGCAGAAACAACGCGAGAUUGAGAAGAAGAAUCUCGAGAUCCAAGGGCAGUACUUGAAGAUUGCUGCGUUGAAUACGGCUCAGAAAGAGAUGAAGCGGAAGUAUCAGGAAGAGAUGCAAGCGCUUUUGCUGGCAGACCUUCGUGAAUGGUGUCAGGUUAAUGAUGAAGAGGUUGAGACGUUGAAGGAGACUAUCGAUCGUCAAGGUAAGUGGGCUCCGCUCAUAACUUCAGUCGUACCUUCCACGAUUGCUGACCAUACUUGCCAGNCACUCCCACCUGCCUACGCCGACACCAACAAACAAGUUCACAUCCCCAAAGUUACAGAUGGUGGUCCCGCAGAUGCCCGAACCGUCAUCUCCUCAGCCAUCACCUCCCUCCACGAAACCAUCGCCGACCCCGUACCUUCUCGACACACAAACCCUCUCAUUCGUGUGGCUAACAGUCUUCGCGCCUCUCUUUCUCUCAUCAAACGCGGCCACAAACUCAAGCUCUGGCCGCGAUCAACCAUUGCUUUGGCUCUACAUGCCGUACACGAGUGCGUCGACCGUGUCGUCAUGUACCUCUCCCUGCACCCAGAGCUCUACGCCUCCUUACCCUUGGCACCACGCUUUCUAUCCCGUUUGCCAGCAAUUGCCAAACGCGCACACUCCGCACUCCGAAAAGCAUUCGCUGCCGCCGAUGCCUUAGCCCUCGAGUUGUGUUCUCUACACUUUGCUUCUGGAGGCCGAAGGGCUCAAUUAACUGGUUUUGCCUCUCGGUCGAUUGUUGCUACAUCACCAAACUCGAUGCAGGACUCCAAUGACGAUUUUCUGGAUUUGCAGUUUUGGAAANAGAGGUUUGAGGAUGUGAAGGCAGAGGCACUGGAGUGGAAGGAGGAGGUUGGUGUUGUGGUGUUUCAUGAGACGGUUACUUGGUUGGAGCACACAAUCUUGUCGACUAUU